GGAAAAUUGACAGUAACAAUUCAUUGUAAACAGACAUCAAAAUAAUGUCGUAGAACACUUACAGGUGACCGUAAAUUUAAUGAAAUCGAUUAACUAAUUCUACAGUGAGCAUGAUGAGCAAAAAAUGUCUGACAAUGCAAAACAGUCACCGUGCAAGAAGCUCAAACAGGUCUACCUGCUCUCACGUGCCCCUCAGAAAUUGUGCAAGAGUUUCAUUUCUGACAAACAGCAUUUAAAUUUUGUUCUGGGGGAAAGUAAUGAGAAGUGGUUUGAAGAAGCCACUGCAAGGAAAUUGAAGGAAAGAGAAUUGUCAAGAUUUUUAAACUCUCCAACGGUUGUGGACAGUCCAUUACCAUCUCCCAGUAUAAGCCAGUUGUUUCAGACAGAACUUAGAGUUGGCUCCUCCCCACUGCUGCACAGUAGCCCCUACAGUCAGGCCCAGACUCUGACCCCAGACUUGUGCUUGACCCCUGACCUCAAGGCCUGCUGGGAGAAACCUUCCCUAGGACUCAGCCCAUCUCCUAUCUCAAGAAGAAAAACUGUACCUACAGGAUUGGUCAACAUAACACCGACAGCUGUGUCCAGUCUGAGACUUGAUGACUCUGCCCUUGCCUGGUCCAACUCAUUUGCCACACCACCCAGGGAGCAGGAUGGUGUUUUCUUGGAAUCAGUAGAAUCGACUAAAGGAAAGGAUCCAGCUCGGGCCCUGUUUUCCCCUGGUGGAAGACUGAAUUCCACCACAGACUCCCUUACUCUUUUGGACAGCACAGCAGAGGAAAACCAGUCUGGCAUCUCCAGUUAUAGUACAUCUGAAAACCAGUCUGGUGUGUUUAGUUGUGGAACACCUGAUAACCAGUCUGGCAUUUUCAGUUGUGGAAGUCCUGAUAACCAACCAACUGUUACUAGAACUGUGAUAAUAGAUCGGUCUGAAACAGAGGUUGAAAAUGAAGAUGAUAUAAAAACUGCAAAAUCUGAUGAUAAUGGGACGCAACUGAUGACAGGGUCUGUAACAGGUAAAAAUAAGAGAGAAGUGUGUAGUGAAAAAACUGGAAGUAUUCAGAACUUUUCAACAGGGGAAAGAAAGGUUGAGAAAUGGAAAGAAAACUUUAAGCAAAGGCUUUUGGAACGGAAAAACAGUAGCUCUAGCAGCCUUACAAAAAAACUGUCUGGUGUUCAGAAUAAACUGUCCCAAGCGAGUUCAGAAGUUACUCCAGAUAAGCAGUUGUUGGAAGAUGGUAACAAAUCACCAACAUUUUCUCAGAAAUUUUCAAGGAAGGCAUUACAGCUUAAUACAAAGGCUAAGACCUUAGUUGACAGUGCAGUGGAUGAUAUUCUUGCAGACUUUUUUGACAGCCCUAUUUCCACUGCUUGUGUUAGAAAGCCUGCACCGAGUCAAAAGAGGAAGUCUUUAGAUACUGAGACAACAGCUUGUUGCGCUGUGCAGGCAGAAAAUGUUCACUCUUGGGAGAAUAAUGGAGACACAAAGAGUAAAUUUCCAUGCCUAGAUGAUGCUUUUAAUAAAAGUUUAGGCUUUGAUUCAUUAUCAAGUCCAAAGAUUGGAAAUACAGGAGUUAGAAUGAAGUCUGUGUUAAAACCUAUUUUAAGCUCUGAUAGAAAAUUAUGUCAGUCAGAGAAGAAAGUUAAAUUUUCGGAAGUCGUUGUGGAGCACUUUUCAUUUUCAGAAAGAAAAUCUGUCUUAAAAACCAGCAAUGAAACAUUUCCAACGAGAAAAAAACAACUGUUAAAAAAAUCUGAAGCUGGUUUAAUGCUCAAAAAGAAAGGCAAAAUUGUACCUUAUCCUGAAAACUCAAUAGAAGUGCACAUUCUAAGUGAGAAAACCAGUGGUCAAAAUGUUGUCAAAUCAGAAUUCGAAAAUGAAGUAAAUCCAAAGUCAGCUUUGAUUGAAAGCAGCAUAACGCCAAACACAGAACCAAGUAAAGUAGAAUGUGAUAAAAAUCUGAUGAAAACAAAGGCAAUCGAUGACAAAAAUCAUGAAGGUUACAAUAGUUUGUAUGUUCCAAUUGAUAUACUAUCUUCAGAAAAUGAUAUCCAAACAAAUGUAGAUAUCACAGACAAUAUGUUUUCUCAACUUUCACAGUCUGCUGUAGCUGAGAUGUGCUCUGCUGCAAGCUCAAGUUCCCAUAAAAACCUUGAUAAAUAUCAGUCACCAAGUACUGAACUCAAGAAACUGUCCAGUAAUAUAAGCACUGAAACUGAAAGCAAAACUGCAACAGCCAGAAGAUUCCAUUACCCCUCUGCUGCGAGUAUAAUGAAAGCAAAUGUGAGCAAAAUAUUUCAGUUUGAAGCCAAGUCUGGUUUAAAUACUGCAGAUAGGUUACCAUUAUUGAAACCUGUGACCCACCAGAAUGUUGUCAGGGAUGGCAAAAUACAUGAACAAUCGAAAUCAGAGCAAGGUGCCCCUGAGGUUUUCGAGUUGCAGAAAUCAAGCAUUUCAAGGGAACACAUCAAUAAGGAACAAACCGAGGGAGAUCUAUUGGAUGAAAAGUCUAGACCAUCGUUUGUUGACAGUAGUAUGGGAAAACCAGAGUUUUACUCUGCUUCAGGCAGAAAAAUUAGUUUGUCAACAGAUGCUUUACAAAAGGCAUCAAAAUUGCUCAAGGAUGACAUUGAUGUUGAAAAUGUGAAUGUUGAUAAUGAAAAAGAUAAAUCCUCUGUUUUGGCAGAUAUAGAUGAUGAAAAAACUGUUACUGCAAACAUUAAAAGUUCAACCAUUGUCGUAGACACGUUUGGUGAUAAAAGUUUACUUGCAUUAGGUUUUAAUGAGUUUGAAGAUAGUAGUCAGUUUUCUCAAUGGCCUGAUGAGAUUGUUGAUGAGGUCAUUAACAAAGAGGAGAUUUUUGAUGACAAUCCUUGUUUUAAUCAUGAUGAAUUAAAAUGUAAAUUGGCUAAAAGUACGGAUAAUUUAGGUGAGAAUCUGAAUCUUGAUGAAUUUGAGAAAAUGAAAAAUAUGAAAUAUUCUUCUAGAGUGGCGAAUGAGGUUACAGACAAAUUUAAUAAAGAUACAUUAAUUGGAUUUUCCACAGCAUCUGGUUUAAAGAUUCCACUAUCUUAUUCUGCUAUUGAAAAAGCUAAACAGCGUUUGAAUGACAGCGAGUCAGAUGUGUGUAACAUUGAAGAGCUUAAUGUUGUCUAUUUAAAGAACAAUGGACUGGAAAAAACGAAUUCUUUCCUUCAACAAAAUGAUAAAGAUUUUACCAAAUGUGAAAAACGUUAUGAAAAGGAUUUUUUGAAUAAAAACCCUGAAUUUGGUAAAGUCAUUCACAAAGAUGAUGGUGAUAGUAUUGAGGAUGAUUUUCUUAAUGUCAUCAAGCAGGCAAAGUCAAUUCCAAAUCCUGAACAAUUAAAACCAUUACUUGUGUCGUCAAAUUCACACCAGCCAUUAAAAAUACCAAGAUUUCCACCUGGGACUGUAGUGCCAAAAGGAUUUCGCCCAUUCAAGCCUCCACGAUUGUCCACCAAAUCUUUACCUUGUAAGGACAGACAGGUAACAUAUCCUGAUAGUGUUUCAACCAGUAGAAAAGACCUUUCAAAAGAACAAACUUUAAGUUCAGUUAAUGAUGACACUUCUGGAGAGGUGAACAGUGCUGGUGAUGCUCCCAACUGUAUCCUUUUAUUUGGCCAUGGCAACGACUUGUAUCUGUUAAAACCAGAGCCUCAAGACAUGAAGAGAAUAACGAUAACCUCAGAUGAAAGUGUAAAUGUUGACAAUAAUCGUGAAGGACUUGUAUGUUUGGAACAAGAAGACAAUGAUGCAUGUAAAGUGCCAGAAAUAAAAGGAUUCGGUUCUGCAUCAAGAAAUAGUAUGAACAUGAAAGAAGUUGCAAAAUGUCUUUCUAACCAGGGUGAUUUUAGUUCUGUGGGAAUUUCUGAAAUGAAUGGCUUUAGUACAGCAUCAGGAAAGCUAUUGCACAUAAAUGAAGAUUCACUAGCAAAUGCAAAAGGGCUGUUUGACAAAGAAAGUGAUGAAUUAGUAAAAGCACCUAAAAUAAAAGGAUCUAGUACAGCAUCUGAGAAACCUGUUAACAUAAAUGAAGAUUCACUAACACAUGCCAGAGGCCUGUUUGACAAAGAAAGUGAUGAAUUAGUAAAGGCUCCUAAAAUGAAAGGAUUUAGUACAGCAUCUGGUAAGCGUGUUAACAUAAAUGAAGAUUCACUUACGCAUGCCAGAGGUCUAUUUGACAAAGAAAGUGAUGAAUCAGUAAAGGCCUCUGAAAUGAAAGGAUUUAGUACAGCAUCUGGGAAGCGUGUAAACAUAAAUGAAGAUUCACUAACACAUGCCAGAGGUCUAUUUGACAAAGACAGCGAUGAAUCAGGAGAGGUUCCUGAAAUGAAAGGAAUUAGUUCAGCAUCUGGGAAGGGUGUUUACAUUAAUGAAGAUUCACUUACACAUACCAGAGGUCUUUUUGACAAAGAAAGUGAUGAAUCAGGAGAGGUUCCUGAAAUGAAAGGAUUUAGUACAGAAUCUGGGAAGCGAGUUAACAUAACUGAAGAUUCACUUACACAUGCCAGAGGUCUAUUUGACAAAGAAAGUGAUGAAUCAGUAAAAGUUCCUGGAAUGCAAGGAUUUAGUACAGCAUCUGGGAAGCGUGUAAACAUAAAUGAAGAUUCACUUACGCAUGCCAGAGGUCUAUUUGACAAAGAAAGUGAUGAAUUAGUAAAAGUUCCUGGAAUGCAAGGAUUUAAUACAGCAUCUGGGAAGCGUGUAAACAUAAAUGAAGAUUCACUUACGCAUGCCAGAGGUCUAUUUGACAAAGAAAGUGAUGAAUCAGUAAAGGCCUCUGAAAUGAAAGGAUUUAGUACAGCAUCUGGGAAGCGUGUAAACAUAAAUGAAGGUUCACUAACACAUGCCAGAGGUCUUUUUGACAAAGACAGCGAUGAAUCAGGAGAGGUUCCUGAAAUGAAAGGAUUUAGUACAGCAUCUGGGAAGGGUGUUUACAUAAAUGAAGAUUCACUUACACAUGCCAGAGGUCUUUUUGAUAAAGAAAGUGAUGAAUCAGGAGAGGUUCCUGAAAUGAAAGGAUUUAAUACAGCAUCUGGGAAGCGAGUUAACAUAACUGAAAUUUCACUUACACAUGCCAGAGGUCUAUUUGACAAAGAAAGUGAUGAAUCAGUAAAAGUUCCUGGAAUGCAAGGAUUUAGUACAGCAUCUGGGAAGCGUGUAAACAUAAAUGAAGAUUCACUUACACAUGCCAGAGGUCUAUUUGACAAAGAAAGUGAUGAUUCAAUAAAGGCUCCUAAAAAGAAAGGAUUUAGUACAGCAUCUGGGAAGCAUGUUAUCAUAAAUGAUGAUUCACUUACACAUGCCAAAGGUCUAUUUGACAAAAAAAGUGAUGAAUCAGUAAAGACCUCUAAAAUUAAAGGAUUUAGUACAGCAUCUGGAAAGCGUGUUAACAUAAAUGAAGAUUCACUAACACAUGCCAGAGGUCUUUUUGACAAAGACAGCAAUGAAUCAGGAGAGGUUCCUGAAAUGAAAGGAUUUAGUACAGCAUCUGGGAAGCGUGUUAACAUAAAUGAAGAUUCACUAACACAUGCCAGAGGUCUAUUUGACAAAGACAGUGAUGAAUCAGGAGAGGUUCCUGAAAAGAAAGGAUUUAAUACAGCAUCUGGGGAGCGAGUUAAAAUAAAUGAAGAUUCACUAAUACAUGCAAAAGGGCUGUUUCACAAAAAAAGUGAUGAAUCAGUAAAAGUUCCUGAAAUGAAAGGAUUUAGUAAAGCAUCUGAGAAGUGUGUUUACAUAGAUGAAGAAUCACUUACACAUGCCAGAGGUCUAUUUGACAAGGAGAGUGAUGAAUCAAUUAAAGUUCAUGAAAUGAAAGGGUUUAAUACAGCAUAUGGGAAGCAUGUAAACAUAAAUGAAGAUUCACUUACACAUUCCAGAGGUCUGUUUGACAAAGAAAGUGAUGAAUCAGUAGAGGUUUCUGAAAUGAAAGGAUUAGUUAAAGCAUAUGGGGCACUUGUAUAUAUAAAUGAAGAUUCAUUAACCCAUGAAAAAGGAGUGUUUGACAAAGAAAGUGAUCAAUCAGUAGAUGUUCCUCAAAUAAAAGGUUUUAGUACAGCAUCUGGGAAGCGUGUUAACAUAAAUGAAGAUUCACUAACACAUGCCAGAGGUCUUUUUGACAAAGACAGUGAUGAAUCAGUUAAAGUUCCUGAAAUAAAAGGAUUUAGUGCAGCAUCUGGGAAUUGUGUCAACAUAAAUGAAGAUUUAGUUACACAUGCCAGAGGUCUUUUUGACAAAGAUAGUGAUGAAUCAGUAAAAGUUCCUGAAAUAAAAGGAUUUCGUACAGCAUCUGGGAAGCGUGUUAACAUAAAUGAAGAUUCACUUACACAUGCCAGAGGUCUUUUUGACAAAGAAAGUGUUGCAUCAGUAAAAGUUCCUGAAAUGCAAGGAUUAAGUACAGCAUCUGGAAAGCAUGUUACCAUAAAUGAAGAUUCACUUAGACAUGCAAGAGGUCUUUUUGACAAAGAAAGUGAUGCAUCAGUAAAAGUUCCUGAAAUGCAAGGAUUAAGUACAGCAUCUGGAAAGCAUGUUAACAUAAAUGAAGAUUCACUUAGACAUGCAAGAGGUCUUUUUGACAAAGAAAGUGAUGAAUCAGGAGAGGUUCCUGAAAUGAUAGGAUUUAGUACAGCAUCUGGGAAGCGUGUUAACAUAAAUGUAGAUUCACUAACACAUGCCAGAGGCCUAUUUAACAAAGAAAGUGAUGAAUCAGAUAAGGUUCCUGAAAUGCAAGGAUUUAGUACAGCAUUGGGGAAACCUGAGGGUAUAAAUGAAGAUUCAUUGAAACAUGCCAGAAGUCUGUUUGACAAUAAAAGUAAUGAAUCAAUGAUGGCUUCUGAAAUGAAAGUAUUUAGUACAGCAUCUGGGAAAAGUGUAACAUUGAAUGAUGAUGCACUAAACCAUGCAAAAAAUCUUUUAAACAAGGAUAGUGAUGAUUCAGUUAAAUUUUCAGACAUCAAAGGAUUGAGUACAACGUCUGGGAAAUGUGUGUUCACCAAAGACAAUUCAUCACCACCUGCAAGAGGUUUGUUUGUCCAAGAAAAUGUGAAUUCUUUAAAAAUGAAAGGAUUCAGUACAUCAUCAGGGAAAAAUGUCAGUAUAAAUGAGCAUUUACUUAUUCAAGCAAGAGCUAUUUUUGAAAAGGAAAGCAAUGAUGCAGUUAAAUUUUGUGAAAUGAACACAAACAGUACAAAAUCAAUGCAGUGUGAGAACUUAAAUGAAAGUUACUUGAAACACUCAAGAGGACAAGUUGAUACAGAGGCCUUAGAUAAAAAUAUUCCCAACAUAGCCUUUAAAGCAGAGAAUUCUUGCAAAAUUCCUGCUAUCCGUGAUAUUGAUGUGGAUGGUAUCAUACCAAGAUGUAUUGACAUAAAGUACAGGAAUGAGCCAGCCUCAAAUUCAGCAUUUGAAGCUCAGCACAGAAAAAGGUCUUCACCCACUGAGUUUGAUGACUCGUGGAAUGGAAAAAGACAAAGAUUGGAAUCUUCUAGUUUGACAGCAGAACUACACAUAGCUUCAGAUGUGCAGGAAUCAACUCGAAAACCUCUCCUUACUGGUCCAGAAGGUUGUACCACUGACCGACGACAUUCAGGGUUCCGGCCCUUCAAACCAGUUCGCACUAGAUAUCUCACUUAUGAAAAAAAAAGGUCUGAAGACUUGUCUACAAUGCUGAGCAAAGUUUCAACAAAGCCAUUGCCAACAGUGAAACCCACCAUGACAUUUCAAACACCAUACAAAUCUCAUGUACCUGGACAAUCUUCCAGCACAAAACCUGAGACUGAAGCUACAGUGCACAAAAAGAAAACUGCUGCCCCUGUGUUUUUACAUAGGGGUACAAACUCUGAUACCGACUGCAAAGUUAAUGCUGAAACUGUUCCUGGUGUGAAUAAGGACUGUUCAGGUCAAGGGCAUAUAAGGAACAAGUCAGAACGUCUGGCUGUUUCAAAUGAUGGCACGCCAUUAUCACAUGGUGAAAAUAGGGUUUUGAAACAAGAUUCCUGUGCAGAUAAUGUGUUUUCAAAUUUAUGUAGUUCUUUAUUAAUGUUUGAUGAACAACUUUCAGUACGUAAUGAAACUGCACUUAAGAAUGAAAAUAUUACUAGACCUGGCAAAAAUUCAGUUUCUAAGUCCCCGAAUGCUGCAACAGAAACUGGUAAUGUUUCUAAGUCUGGGCUCGCUGUUACUGUUGCUAUGGAAACAAAUAGUGUUGCUUGGGGACAAGAUGGACACCACAUUUCUGGUACCAUGGAAACAGAUGCCCCAGAUCCAGAUGAGUUCAGCCAGGAUGAAGGUGAUGUGUUCUACUGUAUGUUGGUAGAGGCUAGGAAACACCAAGAAGAUAUCAUUAAGAAGCGCCAAAGCAGCCACAUUCGACCCAUGCCUGGCAGACUCAUAGAGAUGAAGGAAAGGUCAGACAGGCUCCAUCUAACAGAGGUCAUUGACUGGAGUGGACAGCAACCUGUGUGCAGUGUGACCUCCCAGACAUCAGAGAGCUAUCGCUUCAUCAUGGCUGAUCACUAUGGCACCAGUACCAGCCACGCCCUGGUGGGUGAUGGGGCCUACCUUGUACCUGAUGAUGCGGGAAAACUGGGCAGACAUGAGUUCUACAUGGCCCUGUUGACAUUGGAAGGCGUGGAUCAGAGGCUUAUCAGUGAGAGCUGGGUGUACAACCACUACCGCUGGAUAGUGUGGAAACUAGCCGCCUACAAGCAAGCCUCAAGUCUGCUCCGGGCCAGAUGCUUCAAUCCAGAGGUGGUAAUGCUGCAGUUGAAGUACCGCUAUGACCGGGAGAUAGACAGAGCAGAGAGGUCAUGUUUAAAGAAGAUUUUCGAGAGAGAUGAUACCCCGGGGAAGAGAAUGGUUCUGUUGGUAGCAGAAAUCAACCAAGAUAAGGGGGUCAACUCUUCUGCAGAAAAGACUGCAAGAAAGGUAUCCUUGCGCCUGAGUGAUGGUUGGUACGGCAUCCCUGCAAUGAUAGAUGAGCCGAUGUUGCGUCUGGUGCAGGCUGGGAAGAUAUUCGUGGGUCUGAAGCUGAUUGUGUCAGGGGCAGAACUGGUGGGAGGAGAGGAGGCAUGCACUCCCUUGGAGGCCCCAGCCAGCGUGAUGUUGAAGCUCAAUUGUAACUCAACUCGGCCGGCCCCCUGGCACUAUAGAUUUGGUUACCAUAUCGAUCCCCGGCCCCUGUGUGUACCCUUGGCAGGCUUGUAUGCUGAAGGAGGGGCCGUGGGGGUACUGGAUGUUGUCAUAGUGCGCAAGUACCCAACCAUGUACAUGGAGAAAUGUGUGGGUGGGGAGUUCAUAUUCCGGAGCAGCCAGGCAGAGGAGCGAGUGAGACAGGAGUAUGAGACCCGUAAGCAGGCAGAGAUGGAGAAGAUAUACGCCAGUGUUGAGAAACAGUGUGAGGAGGAACACAGGCAAGAGAAACGUUUGGGCCGACGUCAGUACUCGAGAUCAGCCAUAGAGGAACUGAACUCUGGUCAGGAAAUCCAUGAGGCAAUGGAGUCAGCAGCACAGCCAGACAAUGUGCAGAGCUGCUUGAGUGAGCGCCAGUUGGCCCUGUGGUAUGAGUACCGACUGGAAGUUGAGGGGCGUCGCCGGGCUGAGGUACACGCCCACUUCCAGGCCGCAUGGGAGGAGCACAAAGAGACGUUCCCAGAGCGCCAGGUGACCCCAGUGAUCAAGUUCCGGGUGGCUGGGUGUGCUCGUAGAGACCUUGACUCACAUACAAAUACGCUGCUGACAGUGUGGCGACCUUCACCUGAGGUGAGUGACCUUGAGGAAGGUCACAGGUACAAGAUCUACAGCGUGAACACCACAGCGUCCAGAUCCAAAUCUAGCAGCCAUGGUGUUCAGCUGACGGCUUUAAAACAGACAAAGUUUAGGAAAAUGACAAUUGACGAGAACUUUCUAGAAACAAUAUAUGAACCUCGGGAGACUCUGACAGUCAGUGAGAUACACCAAAGACCACCACCAUAUGGAGAAGUGGACAUAGCUGGCAUUGUGGUUACUGUCACCUGCAGUAUGUCCAGCAGUGGACAACCACUGGAGACCGUAUAUAUUGCUGACAGUCAAUGUGGGAUAUUGGCCAUUUCUUGUUGGUCAUCUCUAAAGAGUUAUGGUGAGGACUUAUUUCAGGAAGGGAGGGAACUCUGUUGCAGCAACCUGUUGAUAAGGCCCAGUAACCAGACAUCUCAGGUUGCCAUGGCAACUGUAUCCUCAGAGCUGUCCCACAUCACUAACAGGCCACAUAAUGCAGAUCAGAGGCGAGCCUUGCACAAACUGCAGACUGCAGCUAAGAAUAAAAAGGAAUUUAUUGAAAUGGCUAAAGGCAGAAUACAAGAAUAUCAAACACAUAACACAAGGACUGUGGCAAAUUCUAUGGAUAAGCACACACCAAAGAAAUCAAUUAUGGACCAGGUACUUGAAGAUUUUGGCAACGACAGCUUUGUUGUAGAGUUUGAGGACAGUGAUGACAUUACUGCUAAUGGAAACGUAAAACACAUGGAGCAAGCUGAUGAUAACAAGGAGAACCGUAUUGCUGAUUCUGUUGGUGAAAACCUUAGUGACAAACAUCGUGCAAACAGCAGAAUGGUUGAGGAAACACUUGAAAAAGAAGGCACGUCUAAGUCUUUCCAUUCAGAGAAUCAUUCACUUGUUGAAAUUUAUCAUGAGUUGGGGCAAAGUGUUAACGAUGAUCAUAAUCAAAUGCCUUUGAAUAAUGAUGAUAAUGUUCAAGCGCAGGCUCCAGUGCAUGUCAUUGAAAACAAAAUUGAUCUUGCUGAAAUCAAUGUGAAAGGUGAUGGCAACGACUGUAAGGGUAAAGAUCAGAAGAGAAAAUCAAUGGAUAAUGAUGAUGAUAGCUUUACACAAAGUAUAGACAGCAAAAAUACUACGAAACCUGAAAUUAUUGAUGAAAAUAAUGAUAUUUCUCUAGAAAACAGUUUCAUAGCAACACCAGUUGCAAAAAGAUCUCAGGCAAAGUCCAAGAUCUCCAAAUUGAUGACAUACGGAUCACCUGGACUGUUGUCUCCAUUGAGUUCAACAGUUUCAAGAUCAGUGUCUAGGAAGUUUAAACCACCCGCCUUCAAGAAAGAAUAGCACUGGCUUGUUAUAAGAGAUAGAUUUUCACUAGUCACAGUAUUGUAUAUUUGAGUCAUAAUCUGGAAAAACCAGGUUCAAUGCAUCUGUGUAAAGUAUUGUCUGAUAUUAGCCUGUGCAGUCUGUGCUGGCUCAUCAGGGAUGACACUUUCCGCCUUAACAGGAUAUUUGCUGAGAAAUGACUUCCUUUAUAAAAAAAAUACAAUGAAAAGUGUCGUCCUUGAUUAGACUUUGUGGACUGUACAGGCUGAUCAGGAAUGACACUUUACACAGAUGCAUUAUGCCCACUUUUCUCAGAACACGACUCGUUUAUUUGGACUAAGAUCUGUGUGCUGAUAUGAAUUAUCUUGAAAUUCCAAGAUAAAAGUUAAACACUCUGAACAAUAUAAAUAUUAUCUGAUGAUUUUAAUGGCAUGAUUUUAUGUGGCAUGUUUAAAUAUGUUAUCUGCUCUAGAAAGUAUAGAAAUUUAUUACUUUAUUAAAAGCAUUGACUUUCUCUAAAUCACGUCACAUUGAAAUUUUCAUCUUAUCUAUAAAAAAAGGACGUAUUUAUUAUGUCCCCCACCACUAUAGUGGGGGACAUAUUGUUUUUGCCCUGUCUGUUGGUUGUUCUGUUGGUUUGUUUGCUCCAACUUUAACAUUUUGCCAUAACUUUUGCAAUAUUGAAGAUAGCAACUUCAUAUUUGGCAUGCAUGUGUAUCUCAUGGAGCUGCACAUUUUGAGUGGUGAAAGGUCAAGGUCAUCCUUCAAGGUCAAAGGUCCAAAAAAAAAAUCAAAACGGCGCAGAAGGGGACAUAGUGUUUCCGACAAACACAUUUCUUGUUUUCAUUUUAAAAUAAGUGUUGGAUUUAUGAGAAAAUAUCAGUUUAAUAUUUAGACAAAAUUAUAAACUUUGAAUGUUUUGUUUAAGGCUUCUGCUAGAUCUUGAUUAGAAGAGCAAACAGGAAAGAACACAGUUAAAUAACUCUAGUUUUAUUCUCCUUUAUUUAGCAUGAUUGCAGCCUUACUCAGGAUUCACAUAUCAAGAUUCAGGAAUACACAUAUCAUGUAUUUUUCACACUUUUAAGCUCGUGUGUAGGGUGUGUGUUGUGUUGCAUUGACUUUUAGUGCACUCCACUAUAUAAUAUAUAGAGUCCAUAUUUUUCAUUCAAUCUACAUUAUACUUGUUCUGGAUGUUUAUUUGAUCAAUUUUGAGUUAUAAUCCAGGGCAUGCACGUCCAAAAAAUGUCACCAGGUCAAAAAACACAAGUUGUUACCUCUCUUUAGGCAACAUUUAUGACUCAAUAUUGAUGAAACUUGGUCUGAAUGUUUUUCUUGGCAAUACAUUGUCUGAAUUUUAAUCUUGUUGACAUGUUCUUAAAAUCUAGAUCACUAGGUCGAAUCUGCUAAAAACCAACUUUCCACUAUAGAGGCCAUAAGUAUGACUCGAUCUUGAUUAUACUUUGUAAGCAUGUUUAUCUUCACUAUGUCCAGAAUGUGUUUAAAUCUGGAACAUGCGCGUCCAAAAACUAGGUCACCAGGUAAAAGCUAAGAAAAACUUUGUUACCAAUGAAGAGGCUACAAUUAUGACUCGAUCUUUAUUAAAUUUAGAAUGUUUUUAUGUCCCCCACUAUAGUAGUGGGCGACAUAUUGUUUUUGCACUGUCUGUCUGUUGGUCCGUUGGUCUGUUUGCGCCAACUUUAACAUUUUGCAAUAACUUUUGCUACAUUGAAGAUAGCAACUUGAUAUUUGUCAUGCAUGUGUAUCUCAUGGAGCUGCACAUUUUGAGUGGUGAAAGGUCAAGGUCAAGGUCAUCCUUCAAGGUCAGAGGUCAAAUAUAUGUGGCCCAAAUCACUUAUUUUAUAAAUACUUUUGCAAUAUUGAAGAUAGCAACUUGAUAUUUGGCAUGGAUGUGCAUCUCAUGGAGCUGCACAUUUUGAGUGGUGAUAGGUCAAGGUCAAGGUCAUCCUUCAAGGUCAGAGAUCAAAUAUAUGUGGCCAAAAUCGCUUAUUUUAUGAACACUUUUGCAAUAUUGAAGAUAGCAACUUGAUAUUUGGCAUGCAUGUGUAUCUCAUGGAGCUGCACAUUUUGAGUGGUGAAAGGUCAAGGUCAUCCUUCACAAGGUCAAGGUCAUCCUACAAGGUCAAACGUAAUAUAGGGGGACAUUGUGUUUCACAAACACAUCUUGUUUUUUUACAAUAUGUUUGAAUUUGCGUCAAGUGGGGUCAAAAACUUCAUCACAAGGUAAAGCCUUUUAACAAUUGGUGUCCCUGAACUUAGGCCAGCUCUCAAAGGCCAUCAUAUCCCUCCUGUUUGAUCUUAAAUUACUUGUAUUUUGUGCCAUUCUAAGAAUGAUGAAGGAUCAUAAAAUGCUACCUCUCCCUGUGAGAAUGUUUUACCUGUGACAGGCAUUUACAAUUUAAUGCUACUUAAAAGGUCUAUCGAAAUUCUUACUUUUAUGGAAUUGAGUUUAUGAGGGUCUAAAACAAAUUCCCAGAUAAUCGUUUUGUUCUACUCCAUGUUUGUCCUUUAUUCUUUCCAUAUUUCACUUUUAUAGUUAGACAUUAAGAGUUUGAAGUAGUUAUAUCCAUUUUACUGAUAUCUUUAUAUUGAGUAUUAUUUGUUUAAUGUAAGUUUUAUCACUAAUUAUUCAAAAGUUAUAUAUCAAGCAAUAAUACCUUUUUCCAAAUAUAAAGUAAAAUUGACGAUAAAAGUAUUAUUUCACGGGUAAAGCGCAUAUUAGCAAAAUGGUUAGUACAAGCAAUGGUUAUGCAAAAAAAUUAUCGAAAUGAGUAGCUUAAUGCAUUAAAGCUACUAAUUUUUAUGCCCCCGAAGGAGAGCGUAUAGUGAUCGGACCGUCCGUCCAUCUGUCUGUCUUUCUGUCACACUUUGCAUUUAGGUUUCACAUGUAGGUUUUGAAAAAUGCUCAAAACUUCUAUGUCGCUUCAAAUAGCAAAUUGAUGUUUGGCAUGCAUGUGUAUCUCAUGGAGCUGCACAUUUUGAGUGAUGAAAGGUCAAGGUCAUCCUUCAAGGUCAAAGGUCAAAUAUAUGGCUUCAAAGCGGCGCUGAAGGGGGCAUUGUGUUUCUGUCAAACACAUCUCUUAUUAUUAAUUCUUUUGCACAACCAAUGCUUUUACUAACCAUUUUGCGAAUUUAGCAUAAAAUGUAAUUUAAUGUAUUUCCAUGUUCAAUCUUACGUGUGAAAUUGAUAUUGAUCAAUAAGUUUUAAAAAUUUAAGUUAUUAAUAAUAUAUCUUGGAAUAAUACAGGAUGACACUUAUAAAAAUUAGUUUGAUAUUACAUAUAUAUUAUGUAUAACGUUAACUUAAAUUAUAAUUAUAUAUAUAUGUGUUUUGUUCAACAUAUUAUUUCCAGUAACGUCUUAAUUGAUUCCUUUUUCAUAGAUGCAAUUAUAUUUAUUGAUUUAUUUUAUUAUUCUGAAAUCCUGUUAAUUGAUUUUGUUACAAAAUAAAUGCUUGAAUUGUUUUAGAAAUUUAUAUGAAUGUAUUAUGGCCUCAUUGCCAAUAGAAUUGUAGCUUUUAUAACGUUGGUUUGUAUUUCACAACUGAAAUGUAUGUGUUCAAGUAUAUUAUUCUAAUUUA